GAAGGAAAAAGAAAGGGAAGGAGAAGGAAGGAAGGAAGGGUCUUUCACAGGGCAGUAGCCAGGGCCAUUUUGUGUGGCCAUGAGAGCAGCUGGUUCCCUUCACCAAAGGCUCCCAGAAUUCCACAGCACUGAGCCAGGGCAGAGACCCUCAUCGUCCCGUCUGCAUCUUAAAGAGACACAGGCAAAUGCCACAACCUGUUUCUUCCAUAAUACAGAAGUUUGAGGAGCAGCGGUGAUACCUCCCUUAAAGUGUCACUUGGUGCAGUCUGCACCCUGCGCACCCCCUUAGUGAUGCCACGGCUGGCCCUGAUGUGUUGCCUUUUGGCCCCUGAGAUGAGGCAGGAAAGGCGGAUGGAUGAACUGUGAACCUGUUGCUGGCCAGAUCCAGGUGGAAAAUUAUUUGUGGAGGGAUCAUCAAGUGUGUGGAGGUGCUGGACACUUAAGUAUCAUCUUGACUCAGGUUGGUAGUAUCCAUCCUGCCCGGACAGGGAGGACAAUGAGUGAAAGUAACCAGCACCAACGGGCAAGUGCAGGUAGGGGACGUCGUGGAGUAGGAGCAAAGCAAGUGAAAGAAAACAAUGAAGUUUAUGAACAAUCCUUACCUUUGAAUGAACCACACCACAUGGAGUCUCAGACACAAACUCAGCAACACCUGUAUUAUGGCCUGAGCCCACCACAGAAUUUUGAUGAGGCUCCAGAGAUGCCACCUCCCUCACUGACUCUUGUGACCAGUAUGAGGACUCAGCUGCAUAUGGCUCUUGAGAGGAAUUCCUGGUUGCAAAAGCGAAUUGAGGACCUUGAAGAAGAACGAGACUUCCUACGCUGCCAGCUAGACAAGUUCAUCUCCUCGGCUCGCCUGGAUGCUGAUGACCACUUUCGCAGCAAGCAGGCCUCACGGCGGUCUGAGACUCGGAAUGGGGAUGUGACAGACGAUGACAGCAUGGGCUCCUGGCUGAGUGCCAGCCCUGAAGAAGGGGGCUCCACAGAACACAAGAAGCAGAAGGGAGGGGUUAACAGAAGACGUUUUGUGAAACCUAAAGUGCGUGAGAGGCAGAGAGUCAAAGAUGUGGAUGGAGUGUUAUGUCGCUAUAAGAAGAUACUGUACACUUUUCAAAAGCUGCAAAGCAUGAGCCGGGCUUUUGAGCAUCACCGAGUGGACCGGAACACUGUAGCCUUGACCACACCCAUUGCUGAGCUCCUCAUUGUGGCCCCGGAAAAGGUGGCUGAGGUGGGUGAAUUUGACCCGUCCAAGGAGCGCCUGCUGGAGUAUUCCCGCCGAUGCUUCAUGGCACUGGAUGAUGAGACACUCAACAAGGUCCAGGCUCUCAAGAAGAGCAAACUCCUUUUGCCCAUCACCUACCGCUUCAAGCGGAAAACAGACUCUUCCAACCCUACUGCUGGCAACCCUCUUCCCUCACCCACCACCCCACCCAAACCACUUCUGCCCAUUGGUGAUUGCUACAAACGAUGAUUUCCCUUCUUUGGCUGCUUGAACCCACUUUGCAAGCCGUUCCAUCUCCAUCCCUGUCCAGCCUUUGCCAAGCAUCUGCUGUGCCCCCUCCCCUCAGUUUUAUCUGUCCUUGACACCCACUUCCCACCCUUUCCCACAUUUUCAAAGGUCAAAUGAAGAUGCAACUUUGCAGGCAGGGCUAGCUUGCUCAUGAGGUAAGUGGGUGACUAAUGCUGGUUCUUUAAUGUGCAUUGCCUAAUCUGACUGGAUGCUCCCACUGUACUAUCAGGAACACAUUUCACUCUUUACUUCCACCCAAGAACUGACAAAAUAGCUGGCCAGAGGACAGGUGGAACGAGUCGACAGGACAGAACUUGCUGCAUCCAAAGGUAAGAUGCAGAAGUGGGUAGGAUGCUUGGGAGUGGCUACAGUGGCAGACUGACACUGUUAAGAUUGCCAGGUUGUCAGUAGAAGAUGCACAGCUUGGAAAAGUUACUUUGAACUAAUAAUGCUCCCAGAAUUUCCUGGCCAGCAAGACCUGUGGCUGGGCCCUGGUAGCACAGUGGUUAAAUACCUGUACUGCAGCCACUCAGAAUCAUAAGGUUGCAAGUUCAAUACUAAUCAGGGUUCAAGCUUGACUCAGGCUUGCAUCCUUCCGAGAUCGCUGAGUACCCA